AUGAGUGAUAUUGACGUUAGUCAAAUACAACAGUUGGAUGACGACUCGAAAAAGGAGGUGGCAAAUUUCAUCCAACAACAGACUUCAAAGGCCAAGAUUCAGAACUCUGUCACGAACUUCACCGAUAUGUGCUUCAAGAAAUGCAUUAAUGACGUUAAGGGAGGAAAUUUGGAUAACGAGGAACAGGCAUGUAUGAGCAACUGUUUGAAUCGGUUUUUGGAUGCCAACAUCAAGAUUGUUGAGAUGCUUCAAUCUUUGCAGAAAUGA